CUAGCAAAUAAACCAGCAGCUGCUGGUCCAUGAACCAAGUUGCCACCGGGAACAGGGCACUGUAUGCAUGGUACAGGAUGCUUUCAUGGAGUCCUUCAGCAGCACAACUGGGGGCUUUCAGUGCAAAAUAUACCUCCUUCUCUUAGCAGGUGCCUGCUCGGGGCUGAAAGUGACAGUGCCCUCACACACCGUUCAUGGCAUCAGGGGUCAGGCCCUCUACCUCCCCGUGCACUAUGGAUUCCACACUCCAGCAUCGGACAUCCAGAUCAUAUGGCUGUUUGAGAGACCCCACACGAUGCCCAAAUACUUACUGGGCUCCGUGAACAAGUCUGUGGUUCCUGACUUGGAAUACCAACACAAGUUCACCAUGAUGCCGCCCAAUGCAUCUCUGCUCAUCAAUCCAUUGCAGUUCACUGAUGAAGGCAAUUACAUCGUGAAGGUCAACAUUCAGGGAAAUGGAACUCUAUCAGCUAGUCAGAAGAUACAAGUGACCGUUGAUGAUCCUGUCACAAAACCAGUGGUACAGACUCAGCCUUCCUCUGGAGCUGUGGAGUAUGUGGGGAACAUGACCCUGACAUGCCUCGUGGAAGGGGGCACCCGGCUGGUUUACCAGUGGCUAAAAAAUGAAAGGCCUGUCCACACCAGCUCCACCACCUCCUUUUCUCUGCAAAACAAUACCCUUCAUAUUGCUCCAGUGACCAAAGAAGAUAUUGGGAAUUACAGUUGCCUGGUGAAAAAUCCUGUCAGUGAGAUGGAAAGUGACAUCAUUAUGCCUACCAUAUAUUAUGGACCUUAUGGACUUCGAGUUAAUUCUGACAAAGGGCUAAAAGUAGGGGAAGUGUUCACUGUUGACAUUGGAGAGGCCAUCCUGUUUUAUUGUUCUGCUGAUUCUUAUCCCCCCAACACCUACUCCUGGAUCCGGAGGACUGACAAUACAACAUAUGUCAUUAAACAUGGGCCUCGCUUGGAAGUUGCAUCUGAGAAAGUAGCCCAGAAGACAACUGACUAUGUGUGCUGUGCUUACAACAAUGUAACUGGACGGCGAGAUGAAGCUCAUUUCACAGUCAUCAUCACUUCUGUAGGACUGGAGAAGCUUUCACAAAAAGGGAAAUCAUUGUCCCCUUUAGCAAGUAUAACUGGAAUAUCACUCUUUUUGAUUAUAUCCAUGUGUCUUCUCUUCCUAUGGAAAAAAUAUCAACCCUACAAAGUUAUAAAACAGAAGAUAGAAGGCAGGCCAGAAACAGAAUACAGGAAAGCUCAAACAUUUUCAGGCCAUGAAGAUGCUCUGGAUGACUUCGGGAUAUAUGAAUUUGUUGCUUUUCCAGAUGCUUCUGGUGUUCCCAGGAUGCCAAGUAGGUCUGUUCCAACCUCUGAUGGUGUAUCAGGACAAGAUUUGCACAGUACAAUUUACGAAGUCAUUCAGCACAUCCCUGCCCAACAGCAUGACCGUGCAGAAUUCAAAGCAGUCUACUCUCACGUGAACAGAAACACAGCAUGGACUGGCCUCACACCCAGAGAGGAUAAAAUCUGAGCUGAGGCCAAAGCCAGGAAACUACUUAUCCAGUUAACUUCAGGGCUGACACUAAGGAGUUGCCCUCCCUUCCCAGCCACUGAGAAACUAAGCCUACAGCCGUUUGAAAUAAUGAAAUGAACUUCCCUUUUUUGUGCUAUAGCUGCCUGCAGGCAUAACUGCCACAAAUCAUCUUCCAUCAUUUCUUUAUUUGCCAUUUAUUGACUUUGAAAAGAACAUCAAUAACCACACACAGGAACUUCCCCUCUGGCAAAAGAGACAGUCUAGUGAAGUAAUUCAUGCAUACCUCUGGAUAAAUACCAAAAAUAACAACUAGCAGUGGAUGAAUGCAUGGGAAAUCAUCUUGGGGGAGGAGACCCACUCCUGGGGGUGACUAUGCAGUCAUUUAAGGGCUAAGUGGCAGGACACCUCAGAGAACCCCAUCAGUGCAUUGCUUCUUUGACCCAGGGAGCCUGGAGAAAAGGGAGUCAGGUAAAUUAGGAGCAGACCUUGACAGAGCUGGGAAUUUCUGGUUUGAAAAGAAAAGAAAAUGUUUCCAAGAAUUUUAUUAUUAGUGCACCUGGGUGUCUGAGUUGGUUUAGCGUCCUACUUUUGAUUUUGUCUCAGGUCAUGAUCUCAGGGGCCUGGGAAGGAGCCCCAGGUAGGGCUCCCUGCUCAGAGCCUCAGAGUCUGCUUGUCCCUCUUCCUCCCUCUGUCCCCUCCCCCUUGUGCCACUCUCUCUCAAAUAAAUAAAAUCUUAGAAGAAUUAUAUUAUUAAUCUAGUAGAACACAAGAGUGAAAUAUUAUUCCAUGACAGUUAAAAAAAAACACCUCUCUAAAAUGAUACUUAACUCUCUACUUCUGGAAUAGAAAAUUAAGGGAUUUGUUGUUGUUGUUGUUGUUAAAUGUAAGGAAUAGAAUUUUGAGAGUAUGUCUGCUUCCCAAUUUUAAGAUAAUAUCCAAUUAAGAAUUUUAUCCUAUUUAAGUUUGUAUGUUUUUCUAUAUGUCAUUUAUUCUGCAUUAUCUGUUUUUUAUUUAGAACAUAAACAAACCAAAUGAAAACUUGCGGUUUAUCGUUUAAAGCCUCCAAUAAUAAAAUAAAUGCUGAUUUAUUUAUAAAGCUGUAGAAUAUGACAGCUAUAAUUUCAGAACACAAAAUAAAGUGAUCAAGUUGCAUGUAAAACAAAACAAAAACAUGAUUCUUUAAGUAAACAAAGAAAAGCACUCUCUGAAACUAGACUGCUUUCAGAUAGGAGUAAUAUCUUUAGAAUUUCUUGGGAAUUUAAGACUUUAUUUUAGAAAUAAACUUGGAAGGUUGAAAAUAAAGCAGAAAUGUUAUUUUUUAAGCACAUAAAGGACUAUUCAAAACUGCUUUUGAGGACAUGCUCCCUCAAGGGGCAGCAACCUGAGAACCCCAGUUUCCACCAUUGGCCCUGGUCCUCUGUCUCCAUUGCUUCAGCUCGCCUCUUUCCCUGUCCUUCUAGUCUUUCUUUGCUUCCCUGCCUGUGUCUUUGUCUUCCAAGGACUCUCUCUUCCUUUACCUCCAUCCUUCAAUAUCUGCCCUCUCUCAAUCUUUCCUUCUUUUUUCUUCUCUCCCUGGAAGACAAUCUCCCUUCCCUCUAAAAUCUCUUAAAAUUUUCCUUUUUGCACUUAUUUUAUUUACAGUCAAUCUACAAACCAUUUCCAGAACAUUAUUUGCUAGAGAUAGAAAUUAAGUAAGUCUGAGUCUUUUAAGAAUUCCAUAGUUUAGCGGGCUCUUGUUUGCUUAUUAUAACUAAAGACUAGAGGUCCUUGGUAGAAUAACUAUUCCUCAAUAAUUAAAUAUUCCCUAAACAUGCAGAGGCCAUUUUUCUCUCCUGAUUGCCUAUGGCUUUAUUCUUUAAGUCCAGUUAAACUCAAAGAUCAAUUUUAUGAAUAAUGCAAUAUUACAGGUGGCUAAUGAAUAUCUCUCCUCCCUGCUUCCCAAAGUGAAUGUGCAAGCUCUGGGUAAAGAAUAAUAACUUUCUGCUUUCUUGUACCUCUGUUUGACAGUUGUUUCUGAGAUAGGAAAGACAGCCAAAAUAUUAUUUUCUUUGGCCCUUAGACUAUUCUAACAGUGUUGUUUUCAUUACUGCAUGUGUCUGUUACUUAAUUGGACUGCUGUUUAACAAAUUGGUAAGUUGACCUGUUUUCAUAUUUUAGUACUCUGCUCAGUUAUUUGGUUAUUGAACUUAUGGCCACGUUUAUUUAAAUGCUAUCUGUUGACCUCAUUAAAUGCUCCUGGCAUUUAAUGUUUGUUUUGAACCUGUGACUGGCUGUUAGCAUCUUAAAAUCAGGACAUUGGAGUAAGUAAACCUUUACUUUCAAAAGGAAAUUAUCUACAGAAUUUAGUGAUUGCUUAUUCUUUAUACUUAUUGGUUUAUAAAAGUAAUUUUCUUGAACUAGUUCAAAACAUUCCUAUUUUUUGCAGCUAUUGAAAGGAAUAAAAGAAUUUAAGGUUCUUCUACCUGUGGAACUGGAAAUUUGUAGAAUAUUUUACAUAUCUUGUAACAUCUCUUUGCCAGGUGAGCAUUCAUGGGUAAAGCAGUGCAUUGGAGUGAAAUAAUGAAGGAACAUCUUGAGGAAAAACAGUAGAAAUGUAUAUUCAUCUGGAAUCAGUGAAGAAAUCAAGCCCAAUACCUCUUGCUCAUUACUCCUUUUAAAUGCAGAAUAGGGUCAUUUAUAAAAAUUGUACUGAAGGUUUUCCAGCAUACACACAAUGCAUUGUGCUAUAGAGGAACAUGGUGGGGAAGUAGUCCUCAGUGGACAGUCUUUAUCAUAGUGACUUGAGAGGAAAAAAAAAAAAAGACGGGAUUUUCCAAUUACUCUUUUCAUAUCAAGUUUCUC